AUGAUUCUAUUUCACAGAAGAAAAUCCCUUCUCAUUAAAGUCCUUCUCAUCGUUCCUGCCACGUGGUUAGUUGUCACAAUGCUGAUGACAUACUCUGAGAAACUGCGGUUGGAGAAGGAGGACAACACUGACGUUGUUAAUCACGUUGACCUAAAUAACAAUGGUGCUAACGUUGAAAAAUACGAGGGUCGAAAGCCCAGACAGUCUUUAGAGGAUAAUAAAGUUCAAGAGCCGAACCAGGAUCCUCAGUUGGGAUUUUUGGCACCACCUCAGGAUCCUGAUGGUCCGGGAGAGCUAGGGAAACCAGUGAAGUUGACGAAUUUGACGGAGGAACAAAAGUUGUUGGUGAAACAAGGCUGGGAAAAGAAUGCUUUCAAUCAGUAUGUGAGUGAUCUCAUCUCUCUUCACAGAAGUCUACCAGAUGUGAGAGGCAGAGG